AUGAAGUUCACUGCCACCAUUAUCGCCGUCGCCGCCAUGUCUGCGGUCAGCGAUGCAUGCAAAUGCUUCCAGGGCGCCAAUAUCAAUUUUGGCGCCUCCCGCACUUGCUGUGCCCAGGCGGGUGGUAACUGGACGGGCGAUGACUGUGCUUUCGCCGGCACCAACGGCAACCUCGGCAAGUUCAACAGCUGCUGCGGCUCCAACGGCAGUAACUCCGACUGCUAA